AUGCAAAAGGACUCGAAGACCAGUCGUCUCGGAGCUGCUGCCAUCAUUCCGAUAUGGAUCAUCCUCUCCGCGUCUGUCAUCAUCUUCAACAACCAUAUUUACGCCAACUAUGACUUUCCAUACCCCAUCUUCCUCGUCACAUGGCACCUCGCUUUUGCUGCUACAGGAACUCGCCUUCUCCAUCGCUUCACGCACCUGCUGGAUGGUGUAAACGACAUCCACAUCUCAAGAGACAUGUACCUCCGCUCUAUCCUCCCCAUAGGUGCCCUAUUCUCAGGCUCCCUGAUCCUCUCAAAUACGGCGUACCUCUACCUCUCAAUCGCCUAUAUCCAGAUGCUCAAGUCCUUCAACCCUGUCGCAAUCUUACUCAUCUCGUGGUCCUUUAACCUCUCUGAACCGAACAAGAAACUCGCUGUCAUCGUGUCCAUGAUCUCCUCCGGCGUGGCUCUCGCCUCCCGAGGCGAGAUGCACUUCAAUAUCGUCGGGUUUCUCAUCCAGGGCGCCGCCGUUGGUUUUGAAGCAUGUCGCCUGACGCUCAUCCAAGUCCUCCUGCACGGCCUCAAGAUGGACCCGCUCGUCUCGCUGCACUACUACGCGCCCGUCUGCGCCAUCCUGAACCUCUGCAUCCUGCCCUUCACCGAGGGCCUCGCACCGUUCUACGCCGUGCGCAAUCUCGGCCCGUUCAUCCUCGCGAGCAACGCUGCCGUCGCGUUCGCGCUCAAUGUCUCCGCCGUGUUCCUCGUCGGACGGGGCAGCGGGCUGGUUUUAACGCUUUCAGGGAUUUUCAAGGAUAUCUUGCUGAUCGGAAAAUCCGUGACUUUUGACGGGACGUCCCUUUCGCCCAUGCAGGUAGUCGGUUAUGGCAUCGCCCUCGUUGGCCUCGUGCUCUUCAAGCAGGCCGGUGGAAGAUAA